AUGUCACCCAUUAUCACUCGCAAGGUUCUCAUCGUUGGCGCUGGCCUGGGAGGUCUCUGUACCUCGCUUGCUCUGCGACAGGAUGGCCAUGAGGUGACAAUCAUUGAUUCGGCGCCGGAGUUUGCAGAGGUGAGUGCUGCCAGCAUACUAACUCCUCACGACGUGCAGGCGGGCGCCGGCAUUCGUGUGCCUCCUAAUAACUCGCGACUUCUGCUCCGCUGGGGCGUUGAUCUAGAGAAUAUGAAGAAGUCUGUGUCGAAGCGGUAUCAUUUCGUUCGGUGGCAAGACGGAUCGACCAUCACCAAGUUCCCCUUCGAGAAUAUCAUCCAGACCCACGGCGCUCCGUACUAUCUGGUCCAUCGCGCUGAUCUGCACGCUGCGCUGCUGGAUGCGGCCAUUAAGGCUGGCGUCACGGUGUUGAAGAACCAGCGCGUGGUCUCGUAUGACUUCUCCAAGCCUGAAGCCAUCACCGAGGAUGGGCGAGCAUGGACGGCAGACCUGAUUAUCUGUGCAGAUGGAAUCAAAUCGGCUGCCCGUCCGCUUCUGACCGGCCACCCCGAUCGACCUCGCGACACGGGCGACGUCGCCUACCGCAUCCUCAUCCCCGGAAAGGACCUGUUGGCCGACCCAGAGCUGGCCGACCUGAUCACUGACCCUGCCACCACCUCCUGGUGUGGGCCGGAUGCCCAUCUGGUCGGCUACCCGAUCCGCAACGGCGAACUGUACAACAUCGUCGUGUGCGCGACUUCGCUAGGCGAGACAAGUGAUGAGACCUGGGUUGUCGAGGGCAACAACGAGGAGCUGUGUUCGCGCUUCAGCGGCUGGGAGUCGCGCGUCCGCAAGCUGUGCCGUCUGACGCCCGCCUUCAUGAAAUGGCGCCUGUGCGAUCUGCCCACGCUCUCGACCUGGGUCCAUCCCUCCGGCAAGGCGUGUCUGCUGGGCGACGCAUGUCAUCCCAUGCUGCCCUACCUUGCUCAGGGAGCGGCACAGGCUGCCGAAGAUGCUGCCACUCUACGCCAGUCGCUGACCAAGUAUCCCGAUCUCUCCGACGCCCUGUAUCAGUACCAGCGCUUGCGUCUCCCGCGCGCCUCGACAAUCCAGGCAAAGACCCGCGAGCACCAGUACAUCCUCCAUAUCGACGAUGGGGAUGAACAGGUUCAGCGUGACGAGAUUCUCAAACUCAACGCCCAGAAUAACCCGGUCUUUUGGGGUUUCGACCAGCGCAGGCGCUGGCUUUUUAGUCACGACGCUGAGAAGCUGGACGAAGAAAAGGGUGGUGGCUGGGAUGCCCCGGCUGUUGCUUCGCUCUAA